AUGUCGACAUCCUGGGGAAGUAAACACGCUCCAGUGUUUGUGCAGCAGAUGUGUUCGUACAUCCCUCCCUGCGCAAGAGAUGAUCAGGAGAACUCGGAGAACGUCACGUACAAGCAGAAAUACUGGAAAGAGAAAGUGGGUUCGCAACCAUUUACAUGCUAUUUUAACCAACACUUGAGGCCAGAUGAUGUGAUGCUGAAGCGCACCCAUGAUGAGACUGUCCUCUUGCACUGCUUCCUCUGGCCUCUGGUUACAUUCCUGGUCGGAGUCCUCAUCGUGGUCCUGACCAUCUGUGCCAAGAGCUUGGCUGUCAGGGCAGAGGCAAUAAAAAAGAAGAAGCAUUU